GAGCAAGUGUGAACCAGGAAGGUUAGAACUGUGCGGUUUUCUCGGGGAGAACUUAAUUUCCAAGGAAAACAAACAGGAAAGUCGAGUACUUAGGUUUACAUGAAGAAUAACCCUCAAAGCAAAGGAGAGAACCAGACCUUGAACAUUUUUCAACAACAUUAGAUCCGUUCUGCAUCAAAAUGCAGUCCUCAAUAAUAAAAGAAAUCUCAUCUAAAAAAUAUAUAGCAGAAAAACUUGAGAAGUUGGUGUCUGAAAGGGAAGAGAUGAAUGAUGCAAGUUUAGAUGCAUCAAGAUAUAAAGGAGAUGUCUGUAAGUUUCUUGAAAGUUUACCAGAAGAUGAAUUCAUAAAGAUUCUUGGGAGACUGGUUAAAGAAAUGCAAGAACCUGAAGGGUAUGGUGGUAAUUGUCCCCAAGAUUUAGAAAACCAAGAUGCUACAGAUAAAAGUAAUCUUGCUCCUAACAACAAUUUGAAAAAUAUGUUGAAGAAAGAAAAAGCAAAAGUAGAGCAUUUUGGUAACCAAGGUCAACCAGCUACUGUUACAGGGAAAUAUCCUGAAGUUUUAGAAAACCAAGAUGCUACAGAUACAGGUCAUCUUGGUCCUAACAAUUUAAAAGAUCUUUCAACGAAAGAAAACACUGUACAAGUAGAGCAUUUUGGUAACCAAGUUCAACCAGCUACUGAUACAGGAAAUUGUCCCAAAGAUUUAGAAAACCAAGAUGCUACUACAGGUUAUCAUGGUCGUGACAUUAGAGAUAACCUAUCAACUUGCCAUGAUGAAAGCGAGGGUCAAGCCAAACAUCAUAGAGACAGACAGCCUUGGGAAUUUCCACCAACUGGCAAAUCACAUUCUUUGACUCCGCAAAAGGACGCCAAAGAUCAUGGAUUACCUGUAAAAUCAGCUCAUAAUGAAAAUAAGGAUUCUGAUUCUGUUAACACUAGAUCUACUUCAGAGAGUUUCGUUCCACUAGACGAAGAGCCAUUUGAUCCCAAGGGCUCACGUGUUGAUAGUGGUACCGAUGAUAGGCAACUAGGCUCAACAACACCCAUAGAGGCAUGCGCAGAUAAUAACAGGAAAAUCUUACAUGCCAGUGAACAUGUUCAGACACUAGACCCAGGAUCUAAAAUUUUUCAUUCAGAGCCACACAAUGCUUGCACAAGGUCUCGUGUUCAAGAUGUACAAGCUCAGUUGCCAGAACAACCAAACCUGCAGAAUCUGCAUGUUUUUGAAUUACUUGUUCCCCAGCUGGUAGAAACUGUGUGUAAUAAUUCAAAGGUGGCUUUGGCACAAGCAAACAGAGAGACUCAGAAUGUUGACAUCCAAGGGACAUCAUGCUCCAACUGUAAUGCCCUACAAGAAGAAAAUGAUCAUUUAGAAGACGAAGUAGCGACUUUAAAUGAGAAGGUUGAACAAAUGCAAGAGCAGAUUACUGAACUUGAAGAGUCUUUGAGUAACCAAGAUUAUGAAAUCAGAAUUCUCAAGCAACAGAAUCAGCAGCUUUUAAUGCAGUUCGCUUCGUGUGAAGAGACUAUCAAAUCUCAACACGAGGAUAAGAAAGAUGACAAGAAGAUUAUAGAUUUGCUCAUUGAGAGGAACAAGAAGUGGCAAGAAGAGCUAAACUUGGCAAAUAAGAGGGCAUUUGAGUUUGCCCUAAAAAGAGAAGAAGAGUUUGACGCUUUACUAAUGACCAUGAAAGACAGAACAAAGGAUAUCGAGAAAGUCAAAAGGAAGGCUAUGGCUGAGAAAGAGGAAAACAAGGUGUUAAAGGCAAAGAUCAAGGAGUGGGACGAAAGAUGGAAAGAAAGGAAAAAGGAUGAAAAAGGAGCAAUACAAGGACAGAGAAGCUUGAGACAAGAACUAAGUGCCUUACAAUACAGAUUAGGUCUUAGAUUCUUUGCUGAUGAUGUGGAGGAAAACGACUUCGAUCGUCAGCAGGAUGAUGAUGUCGUUGAUUGACAGCAUACAGCAGAAGGGAAACCAGGAAUUUGUUACACAGGUGUCCCUAAUGAAGAAAUACAUGUAUGAGGCCUCGCUUCAAAAAACGUUAGAGUAAUUACUGCGUUAGACGGGUGUCUGGUGCACCGCACAGCACCCCCUGGAUCCACCCUGUACACUGAAGUAGUUAUCUAGGUCUGCUCAAAUAGGACAAUGUCCUAUGGGUGUAAUGUGUAAUGGUGCAUGCUCCAUCAACGCACUGCAUAUUAUGCCAUGAAGUGGCUAUAUAUUCUUCUGAUAAGAAAAAGAAUGUAGCCAGUCACAUGAAUACAGGAGUGAGCCUUUCUUCAAUAUCUGAUCACCAAUAUUAAGAAUUGAGUUGGCUAAUCAGUCCUAUUCACUAAAAAAUGGCAACAUGGCAUGCAGUAAAUACAAAAAAAAAAACACAAACGAAGUGUGAAGAAAAACAUGAGGAUUGUGCAUGCUGUUAAUAUUUGGUUACGACAUGACAAAAGCUAAUAACCAUGACUGACUGUGAGGUUAAUUCAGUCAGUGGUUUGAGAGGUGUCAGUAGGUGUUGAGUUAGAUGUCAGUAGGUGUAAUAAAGAAAAAUAAGCUAAAACAUUUUCUAGUCAGUUCGCUACUGACCAAGGUUACACUCGAAUUGAAUACACAGUACUAUAUCUAUACUGAUCCUUUUAAGUUUUAAUGUAAUUUUGAACAUUUUAUUCCAGAGAGUCUGAAUAUUGUUCUAUAAUAUUAAUAUCUCAAAAUUCAAAUAUGGCCUAUUGUAUAACAUCUAAGGAGUUAAAAUGAAGAAUUUAUAGAUAGAAAAAAUUACGUGUCAGAGACACAUGGAUUUUAUGAUUUUUAAGAUAAGAUUUUUGAUUCAAUGUAAUUGAUAAUUAUUCUCACUAGCCGAUCAAGCCAAUUCAUGCAUAAGUACAAGCACAAUUUAACAAAAACUUCUGUUCUCUUUUGCUUGCAUCGCGUCUUUUUAUGUUGAGAAGAUGCGCUAGCUUGGUGUUGCAUCUGCUUGUGUCGCUAGUAAAAGAAGGUUUAGUAUCAAACCAUUAUUUUAGAAAAUAUUUAAUUAUAGGUCAUAAUGCUAAAAAGAAUCAAUAUGCUUUUUUGUAGCACUGCAGUUUAAUCUUAAGUUUAUGUUUAUUGUUAAAUUAGAGUAAAGCUACAAAAUCAUUAAAAUUG